UAUUUCCCUGCGACGCUCCGGUAGUUUUGCGUGCGUGUUUGUUUGUUUGUUUUGGCUGUAGGCACUUUAGAAAUGUAGUUUGCUUAUUUCGUUUGAACCGCUCUUAAACAACCAGAUUGCCUUCACAACAGCACACAUAGACACAGUUAAGCUUCAUAUCUGAGUAGCGGGAAGUGGCGGUGUUGUUCUCCGGUUGCUGUGAUGCAGUUCCCGGGGUGUUUGGCGGUGUGUUUCGCACUGUGGCUCCGGCUCGGGCUCUGCUGUCCCGGGCUGCUCCUUUGCCGGUCCUGCGGGCACGAGCUGGCGGAAGACGCCGACCUGAGCUUCGUACCCAGCCGCAUGGCGCUUUCCCACCGGAACGACACGGUAAUCGGCGGGAAGCGCGUGUCCGUGCAGCUCUUCGAGAACCCGCACGGAUUCCAGUUUGAAGUCGUAACUUUUCGGCGGGCGGAUGUGCUAAAACACUGGCCGGCGGACCGACACUUCAGCUGGUACCCGGGACACUCGUGGACUGCCGCCACCUGCCCGCGCUGCAAAACACACCUGGGUUGGGCGUUUCAGCCUAGCGACUGGCCCAGGACAGUGACUCGAGAAGAGUUCGAAGGCUCAGACCAGACUUUUGUGGCACUCAUACUUGACCGACUCCUGCAGGAACACUUUGCAUCCACACUGCUGAUGACGCCCAAAUCCUUUAGAAGUUGACGACUAGCCAGACCACACUUUAUGCUCUUUAAUAAAGAUAUUUUUAUGAGAAUUAUUAUAGAA